CAAGCUUCCCCACGGGGAAACGGGCUAAAUACUGUGUUGCCAGGUUGGAGAGAAACCCACCGUUUAGCGGAAGGCUCUGUGUGGCGCUGUGGUGUAGAUCCAUGGCGUGCCAAGCAUUUUGGUUUGAGGGAUUGAAGGAACCGGAUCUGGAUUUGCGUGCUGAACACAAGAAUCAGCUGGAACGGAUCUCAAAACCCGGCAGUGCUGAGGAAUAAAUGACUGACGACGAUGAGAGAAGGGCGUUUAUUCAUUGAAUCUAUCCACCGCUGGAUGGGUGGCAAUUUAUGAUGAUUAUUUGUCAGAUGUCAGAUGAUCUUCACUGUUAUUCCCGGAAGCCAUAGCUGUGGAUUUUAUGCUGAAACCUCAGACACUUCCUCCUUCCACCUUCACGGGACUGACGGCUGGCCUGACAUUAUUGGCUGCUCGUUGGGAAUGAAUCAUCGCCUUCAUCAGGGGGGUUCAGGGAUGCUGUCACUGUCACUGCGCCCUUAAAAUACCACAGACAAACCCCACACGUACACAAACCCACCCAGCCCCUGCGUGUCUCUGUCCUUAGAGAUUACAGGGCCGAUUGUUCCGUGGAGCCAGCAUGGAGGAAAUCCUGCGAAAGCUGCAGAAAGACGCGUCCGGCCACAAGCACAAAGCUAUCCGCGAUGCCUGCGUCUACGCCUGGGAAACCCUUGAGUCUCAGAAUGGAUCAGCCAAGAUUUCCCCUUCACAACUUCGAGAGCGCUGUCUGCUGCCUCUACAGAUGGCUCUGGAGUCUAAAAACACCAAACUGGGACAGACAGCACUUACUGGAAUGCAGAAGCUCCUGUGUGAGGAUAGGUUUGUGGGUGGGGUGGGCGUGGAGGUGGAGGUCCUGGAAAAGCAGCUGCUCAGCCAGAUGUUGGAGGCCAUCAGAGUCACCCCAUCUCUCCAUGAAGACUUGCAGGUGGAAGUCAUGAAGGUCCUGCUGUGUAUCACCUACUCACCAAACUUUGACAUUAAUGGAGACUCCAUCCUCCGGAUUGCAGAGGUGUGUGUCGAGACCUACGUGUCCAGCUGCCACCAGCGCAGCAUUAACACAGCGGUCAGAGCCACGCUGAGCCAGAUACUGGGAGACCUGACGCUACAGCUGCGACACAGACAAGAGGGUGCAGAUGGAGACGAGGUGACUGCACUGCCACUGCACAGAAGAGAUAUUUCUCCGACAAGCCAGGCUCUGUGUGAAGAUGUGGUGACUGUUCUGACAGUUUUCUGUGAAAAGCUGGAGUCAGUGGACAGUGGUAACCAGCUCCUGCAGCUCCUCUAUCUGGAGUGCAUUCUCUCCAUGCUCAGCAGCUGUCCACCCACAAUGCACCUGUCCAGAGGUUUUACUGACCUUGUAUGGAAGCAGUUGUGUCCAUCCCUCGUGGCAAUCAUGGGAAAUCCUGUCAACGAUAAAACAAUCACUUCCCACCAUGGCUACAUGGGGGCGCCAGACCGAGAUCGACUCUCAGACAGGCUCAGUCUAGGAAUCAGCCAGGAGGUGGAUUCCUCCAGUGGAGGGGUAUCCGAUCAAGGCAGAGGGUCCGGCUGUUCCUCCAGCGCCCCCGCCAGGAUCGCACCAGUAGUGCGGACUGUGUGUUACAUUGCUGCGGAGCUUGUGCGUCUGGUCAGCUGCGUGGAGUCAAUGAAACCGGUGCUGCAGUCACUCUACCACAGGAUCCUGCUGUACCCGCCCCCUCAGCACCGCACUGAGGCCAUCCGAAUCAUGAAGGAGAUUCUAGGUAGUCCCCAGCGGCUGUACGACCUCGCCGGUCCAUGCGUGGCUGAGCCUGAAACCAGGAAGCGCUCCUUCUCAAAGAGGAAGUCUCACCUGGACCUGCUUAAACUAGUGAUGGACGGGAUGACAGAGGCCUGUAUGAAGGGAGGCAUCGAGGCGUGUUACUCUUCUGUCUCCUGUGCCUGCGCUCUCCUCGGGGCGCUGGAUGAGAUGUCGCAAGGCCGCGGCAUCCAGCCAGAGCAGGCUCUGCUUCUCCUCAGACGACUGGACGACCUGAAAGAUGGUACAGAAUCAACACGUGAGUCCAUGGAGAUCAACGAGGCCGACUUCAGGUGGCAGAGACACAUCCUGUCCUCUGAGCAGGCUCCCUAUGACCCCUGCUCGUCUUCCUCCAACAUGGCCACCACCGGGGCCACCGAGCGCAGCCCUGACAUUAGCAUUAGCAUCACGACUGAAACGGGACAAACCACCCUGGAUCUGGAGGUGGGGGAGGUGGGCCUAGGUCACACCACACCUGAGGAGUGUGGGGAGGACGCACGCCUCCCCUCACCCUCAUCCUGUGGCGGCCAGGAGGGGACCAAACAGGAGCCGAGCCUUGAGCCGGGCCAGGGAAUCCAACCGGAGGAGGGAGGAGGUCCAGUGGAGGUCGAGGGAAGAGGAGAGAAACAAAGAGCGGCAGGGGGUGGUGGAGGAGUAGGGGGGGGAGAGAGAGGAGGUGUGGUACCUCCAGAUGUGGUGCAGCGAAGUCAUGCCCUGGUCUACCCCGACAUCACCAACUUCCUGUCUGUGGAGUCCAGGACCAGGUCGCACCAUGGAGCAGGGUCGCGAUACAGCGAGAGCAACUUCAGGUACUUCAGCAUGGAAGAGCAGGACCUGUCGAGGACAGAGUUUGACUCAUGUGACCAGUAUUCCAUGGCUGCUGAGAAAGACUCUGGGCGCUCCGACGUGUCUGACAUCGGCUCUGACAACGUCUCACUGGCUGACGAGGAGCAGCAGACCCCUCGCGACUGCCCGGGCCAUCGCUCCCUGCGCACCGCCGCCCUGUCCCUCAAAUUUCUCCGCAACCAGGAGGCCGACCAGCAGAGUGCCAGGCUGUUCGUCCAGUCGCUCGCAGCACUGCUUCCCCGACUGCUGGGGUUGGCCACCACCACAGACGUGGACCUGUCGCUACAGAACUUCUCCUCAACCUUCUGCUCCGGACUGCAGGCUGGUGGGAUCCACUCUCCAGGUUUCGAGACAGGUGACACUCUGAGCUGUCAGUCUCUGAUGAACGCAGAUGGUCUCUACCUGGUGUCGUACUACGCUCUGCUGCUCAACCUCAAACUUUGCUGCUGCGACUACUACAGACGGCGAACCCUCGCACCCAUCCUCAGCCUGAAGGAGUUUGUGCGUCUGAUCCAGAGCAGUGGAGUCCUUGUGGUUCUGUCUCAGGCCUGGAUCGAGGAGCUCUACCACCAGGUGUUAGAGCGCAACCUGCUGGCUGAGGCUGGGUACUGGGGCUCACCGGAAGAUCACAUACUGCCGCUCAUCACCAUGCUGACAGAUAUAGACGGUCUGGGCAGCAGUGCGAUUGGAGGUCAGCUGAUCAGGAGGGCAUCGAGCCGAUCACCACUCAGCUGUGACAAGGCCGGCAGUGACACUGUGAUGGCAGGGGCUGUGUUCUCCCGCUUCAUCCUAACCGGCGUGUGGAAGAACCUGAUCGAUGUGCUGUCCACGCCGCUGACGGGCCGCAUGGCGGGCAGCUCCAAGGGCCUGGCCUUCAUCCUGGGAGCUGAGGGGGUCAAAGAGCAGAGCCAGAGGGAGAGAGACACCAUCUGUCUGAGUUUAGACGGCCUACGCAAAGCUGCUGCUCUCAGCUGCGCCUUGGGUGUGGCUGCCAACUGUGCCUCAGCUUUAGCACAGAUGGCUGCAGCCUCCUGUGUGCAGGAGGAGAAGGAGGAGAAGGAGGUGGGAGACACAGGAGACGCCAUCACACAAGUGAAGCAACGUGUUGAGCAGCGGCUGGAGCAGAUCGGUCGUCCUCAGGGAGUCCGCCUCCACACGGCUCAUGUGUUGUGUAUGGACGCCAUCCUCAAUGUAGGACUGGAGAUGGGUAGCCACAACCACGACUGCUGGCCGCAUGUUUUCAGGGUGACUGAGUACAUCAGUUCACUGGAGCACACCCACUUCAGUGAUGGCUCCUCGCAGCCGUCCUCUUUGACUACCAUCACCCAGCAGAGCCAGCAGGCAGCGGGUGUGGACUUGGGGCUGGAGCUGAGCUGCGAUCCCAGCCCAGAGGCCUCUGAGCUGGGCUUGAGCCAGCCGGUCAUCCAGCCUCUGUCCAUCCAGGAGCUGCUGAGGGAGAGUAGCCGAGGGGGCAGAGGUCUGGACCUGAAGAGCGGCAGCCUGAUGACUGGGACCAGUGCAGCCAAGGCUGUGUGUACACUGUCAACACAGGCAGACAGGUUGUUUGAAGAAGCAGCUACCAAACUGAACCUGGUUGGUCUGGUCGGCUUCUUGCAGCAGCUCAGGAAAGCUUCUCAGUCUCAGCUUUUCAACUCUGUCACUGAGACUGGAGACUACUCACUGGCAAUGCCAGGGGAGGCCAAGUCAACAAUGGACCGACGCAGUGCUCUCCAUCUCUUCCGUCUGGGCGAGGCCAUGCUGCGGAUCGUCAGGAACAAGAACCGACCAUUGCUCCACAUGAUGAGGGCCUGGAGCGUGGUGGCCCCGCAUCUGGUGGAGGCGGCAUGUCACAAAGAGCGCCAUGUAUCCCAGAAGGCCGUUUCCUUCCUCCAUGAUGUUCUGACAGAGGUGCUGACGAGCUGGGCGGAGCUUCCACACUUCCACUUUAACGAGGCGCUGUUCAGGCCCUUCGAGCAUAUUAUGCAGCUGGAGCUCUGUGACGAGGACGUACAGGACCAGGUGAUAACAUCAAUAGGUGAGCUGGUGGAGAUGUGUUCUCCUCAGAUCCUGUCUGGAUGGAGGCCUUUGUUCAGUGCUCUGAGGACCGUCCACAGCAGCAAGACCGACACUAAAGACUACCUGGUGGGAGAAUACUCCAUGGGGAAGUCCCAGGCACCAGUGUUUGAUGUCUUUGAGGCUUUCAUCAAUACUGACAACAUCCAGGUUUUUGCCAACGCUGCCACUGACUACAUCAUGUGCCUCAUGAAGUUCGUCAAAGGCUUAGGAGAGGUGGACUUCAAGGAGAUUGGAGACUGUGUCCAUGUGUCGGGGUACAGCUCCACUGACCUCUGCCUGCCUGCUCUCGAUUACCUCCGCAAAUGUUCGCAGCUGCUGGCAAAGAUCUACAAGAUGCCCUCCAAGCCGGUGUUCUUGGGAGUUCGGCUCGCCAGUCUGCUACUGAGGUCACAGGAACGCUUAAUCAGCACUGAGGAUGGGAUGGACUGCGUCCUGCAGGAGUUUGAUGAUGACACAGGUCUGAUCCAGGUGUGGAUUUUGUUACUAGAGCAGCUGACAGCAGCAGUGUCAAACUGUCCUCGCCAACACCAACCUCCAACCCUGGAGCUGCUCUUCACUUUGCUCAGAGAGGUCACCAUUACACCAGGUCCGGGUUUCGCCAUCUUCUCCGUCAUCCAGUUGCUGCUUCCUGUGAUGUCACUCUGGCUGCAGCGUAGCCACGGCGACCACUCUUACUGGGAUGUGGCGGCUGCAAAUUUUAAACACGCCAUUGGCCUGUGCUGCGAGCUGGUGGUGGAGCACGUCAACAGUUUCAUACACUCAGAUAUCGGUUACGAGUCUCUGAUCAACCUGAUGUUGAAGGAUCUGUUUAAGCUUCUGGUGGCCUGUGUGUCUGAACCUGCAGAAACCAUCUCCAGAGUGGGCUGCUCCUGCAUCCGGUAUGUUUUGGUCACAGUGGGUCCAGUGUUCACAGAGGAAAUGUGGAGGUUGGCCUGCUGUGCUCUGCAGGAUGCUUUCUCUGCUACGUUAGAGCCUGUCAAGAACCUUCUAGCGUGUUUUCACAGCGGUUCAGACAGUUUUUCUGGAGACGCCUGCGAGGUGAAGGUGGCGGCUCCGUCCCACUCUCCUUCAGCUGAGGCUGAGUACUGGAGGAUCAAAGCAAUGGCUCAGCAGGUCUUUAUGUUGGACACCCAGUGCUCUCCAAAGACGCCCAACAACAAGGACGGCUUUGAGCACGCUCAGUCCUGUGUUCUCAUCAUUGAGUUGCCGUCUGACCAGCAGUCCAAUGGACACACUCAGAAGAGAAUCCCAUUCCGGACCAUCGUGGUGAGCCUGCUGUCCCACCAGGUCCUGCUCCAAAACCUCUAUGACAUCCUGCUGGAGGAGUUCGUCAAGCAGCCCGAAGGUCACGAAAAGGUUACACCCGUGACCUCUGACCCCAGCAGAACCACAGCAGGCUUCCUGCGCUACAUCUCCAUGACUAAUUUAGCCAUUAUCCUGGAUCUGCUGCUGGACUCUUACAGGACAGCGCGGGACUUCGACACUCGCCCAGGUCUUAAGUACCUACUGAUGAAGGUAUCGGGUGUUUGUGGAGCGGCUAAUCUCUACCGCCAGUCUGCCAUGAGCUUCAACCUGUACUUCCAGGCCUUGCUGUGUGCCACACUGAGCCAAGCUGACGGCAUGACUGCACAGCAGGUGAAGAGGAUCCUGUAUGAGGAAGAGGAGAGGAGUUCUGACUCCUCUCACCCUGGCUCUGCUUCCUCAGAGGACGAAGACAUCUUUGAAGAAACAGCACAGGUCAGCCCCCCUCGCGGCCGGGAUAAACGCCACCACUGGCGAGCUCCCAUCCCGUCUCUCAGCGUGCAGCCGCUGGGUGGCGCAGACUGGGCCUGGCUGGUCAAACGGCUCUACAAGCUGUGCAUGGAUCUGUGCAACAGCUACAUUCAAAUGCACCGGGACCUAGAGAGCACGCUGGAGGAGACAGCGCUGCUGAGAGGAGCAACAGGAGGAGGAGAACACUUCCUUCUCCUGCCUUUCUUACAGUCUGAGACUUCCACCCCGACGUCAGCAAGCGGGCUUUCAGCGAGGGGGACGCCAUCAGAGGAGGGCGGGUACAGGUGUCAGACAGCGGACCUGAGCACAGCAUCACCAGGAGACACGCCCACACCCAGCCCAGGAUUCAGCUGCACAGGCAGUCUGCCCCACCACUUCCGGACUGAUGGCGAGAGGAGGGACUCCAGCAUCAUGGGAAGCUCAGUUGGAGGAACUCCUGGCAGUGCUGGACCUGGAAGGAGAAAGGAAUGGUGGGAAAGCGCCGGCAACAAACUGUACACCAUCGCCACAGACAAAACCAUCAGCAAGCUGAUGAUGGAGUACAAACGCAGGAAACAGCAGCAACAGCAGCCGCAGCAGAGCCACGUCAAUCUAUUCAUGAAGGAGCAGGGCCGGGCGGCUGCAGCUGGAGGAGGUGUUGGAGAGAGGAGGGGCCACGUGGAGCCACAAAGGCCCCCACAGAGGCCCCAGCAUCUGGUGGACCAGCAGGGUCCCCCCUUGAGGCACUCAGUAAGUGCGGGACCUGAGGUCCUGAGGCAGGAGAAGAGACCACGGUCAGGAUCCACCAUCAGCUCCCACAGCAUCUCACUGAGGGACUCUGAGGCUCAGAUACAGGCGUGGACCAACAUGGUCUUGACUCUUCUCAAUCAGGUCCUCCGCCUAUCAGAUUCCUCGUUCCUGGCGCUCCAGCCGGCGCUCUACCCCUGCCUUAGCCAGCUCUCCUGCCAUGUGACCGAUGCCCGCGUCCGCCAAGCAUUGUGUGAUUGGCUGGGUCGCGUCGGCAGACUCUAUGACAUCAUUCUGUGACACUGCAGCGAAGGAAUGCAAAAGCUGCGGACGAGGAGCUCAGUCUGUCUGUCAGUAAAGGACGUAACCAAGAUGAAAGAUGAAUUUGAUUGGUCUGAUGCCACCAUGUAACCGUAGAUAAUGAAGGGUUUGAUUGGUCUGAUGGUGCAAUGCAAAGGGUGAGAAAUGGCAGGCUGUGACAUCAUAACGUCCCAAUGUAACAGACUGGUGGAACGGGGAGGGAAGAACAGGGAGGACACUGGCGAACAUCAUGUGACAUUAAGUCGGAGGAUUUGAUUGGCUGAUGCAGGAUGUGGUGAGAAGAAUCCAGGAUUGAGUGUGUGAAGGUUUUUUUAAUGGAAUGGAAAUGAUUUGAUCAUGAAUGUGCCAUUUCUGCCUCUUGUUCCUCAAUUGAAGUAGUUAAUUUGCACACACACACACACACACACACACACACACACACACACACACACACACACACACACACACAGAGUUUUCAAAUUUGCUUAUCAUCAGUGUCGAAAAACGGAUUUGCAGAAUUGCUCAUGUUCUUGUCACAUUAUUGUCAUUUUAUCACUAUAUCAUCACUAUAUGCCUCCACUAAGGCCAUAAAUAAUUAAUUUGAAUUAUUGCUUCAUCCUCUUGUGGAUUCAGACAUCAUGUGCAAUGAAUUAUGAUUGUUGUAGUUCACAUGCAUACUUUUCCCUUUACUGAAUCAACGCUUUUUGAAAAGGUACCCUGUGGAGUUUGCUAGUAAGUAAAAACAGCUUUAUUUACAUUCAGAGGAUUGCUAAAUUUGUUAGUAUGCUGCAGUCAACAACUGUUGGCGAGUUCUGUAACAUGACAUUAGAUUUUUCCAUUUUAUGUUUCUCCUGUUCCACACCUUUGUUUUAUGGCUUCCAUACACUAAACACUUUCGCCUUCUGCAGUCAGCAGAAAUGUGCAGCACGUCACCCUACACAUGCAAAUGUACCCCAGGGGGUACAUGAAAGAAACUGGGGAUCAAACCACCAACCUUCUGAUAAGUGGACAACCCGCUCUACCUCCUGAGCCACAGCUGCCCAACUAAGUCAUUGAGUCAACUGUAACAGUUUGUCAGUUUUUGUACAAAUGGAAAUAAAUCAAAACACUGACAGUUCAACUUGAAAAAAUAUAUCCACUUUUAUAUAGUCAAUAGUGUUAACUGAUACCCAGUUUAAAAUCAAUUCAAAUGAACUUAUUUGGAAGAUGACUGGUGGUGUUGAUGAUCAAAGACUGUGGGGUUAAAAAAAAGGUUGGGAAUCGCUGCUGUAGAGCAUGAAUAUCCAAACAACAGACACUCACUCAUCAAAAUAUUGCUCCAUAGCACCACAAGUUGUCAAAAAAUCAAUUUUCUUAUCUACUUUCAGCCCAUUAUUACUACUGGUUAUGAUAACAAUGGGGACUAAUAGCAAGAACUGUGGGUGGCCUACCAAACCCUGCAAGUUCACUUCCUCAGCAGUUAAUAUAAUGGGGAAACAUCCAUAUGCAUAAACACAACAGUGACAGAUCACAGGCACAAAAUCCAGCUAAAAUGAGGUAACAUCACCUCAAAUCUCAAAGUUGAAAUUUAUUUUAUUUCUUCAGAGUCAGAGAGUGAGGCCACACUACAUGCGGUGGAGACUUGUUUCGCAUUUGAUCCGAUUGUAUAUGAAUGUUUGUUGCUGCCAUGCAAUCUCUAUAUCCAGCUUUAAAUACUGUGCAGUCUCAUUCUCCUUCAACUAAAUGUCUUUGUUUAUUGUUCACUUUCUGGAAUGAGAUCAAGUAUUUAUUUUAACCAAAUACCACAUACAGUAUGUGUAUUUUAAUGUUUAAUGCCUAUGAUAUACUACGUUAUUUUUGCUGAAUGUGUGUACAUGUAUUUAUGUAAAUGCUUUAUUUAAAAUAUUGAAUGUGUUAUAUUUAGCAUUUUCUUUUGUUUUAUUUUUUUACUUUUAGUUUAUUUUCAUAUUGUACUACUUGGUGCACUGUGUGCUUGUACUAUCUGAUACUGUGCCAUUUGCUUUUCUUCUUUCCGUUUAAGAGAAGAUUUGAGAUUUUAACAGUGGGGUUUGAUUCCCACAGGAAUCUAUAUAUGUAGAUUGGUCUGGUCUUGAUAAAGCUUUACAUCAGAGCCACCUCUACCAACUUUUUUUCUAUAAUGGCAGUGUUCUUCAUCGAGGCCAAUGCAUGAAGUUAAGGCUGUUGGAGUUUUAAGAUAUGAACAGCAUCAUCAGUUUAUAUCAAUUUUCCAUCCUCAGAGACUAAAUACCCACCUGCUUUUGUAACAAAACUGUUACAACUGUUUACAACAGUAAAACAGCCAACACAUUGUUACAUUUGAGAAGGGAAUGUAGGGAUGUAGAGGAUGAACCCUGUAGGUUUCAAUGACCACAUGGCCUUUCCUCUAUAACUACCCUCAGGACAAACUGAGCAUAUCUAUCCCUAGCUAUGUGAUAAAAAAAAGCAAAAUCACAACAAUCAGAAAGUCUAUUUUGUCCUUCUUACUUACUGAACUUGAGACAAUCAGUCUAUUCUACCAAUCUGUAGUAGUAUACCACAACAGAUACACAGUUACAGUAUAUGACUGGAUCUCUGGUUUGCAGAAUGAGCUGAAUCAGGACAGAUAGUGACUGAAUGAAUGAAUGAAUGAAAAAAGAUAAUGUUGAACUGAUGCUAACUUCACCAGCCCGGACCAUAUUGAGGGCAGCCAGGUCUGGGAGGGGCACUUGAAGCUCCUAAGGAGAUUUACUCUUGUCCUUUUCAUCUGCACUCAUUGCUCUCUCUUUGCCGGCUCCUUCUGCUGCUCCAUUCACUCUCAUUUGUUCCUCUUAUUGGCCAGCUGUCCACCACAUAAGUGGCACCUAAGAACAUUAUCCUUCAUGUCACAGGGAUAAUCAUUUAGAUGUCAUCAGUGCUUGUCCCUUUAUGCAACACUAGAUACUGAAGGAGAUGUAGGCAAGUUGAGCCCAAAAUGAUGAUAGUCACCCACAGGUUUUUCUGGAGUUUGAGUUUAGGCUUCACUAUUGUUUUGAUAUGUGAAAAUGUGAGGAAAUGCUCCAGCUACACCUUUUUGUCUUUUGAGAUUCUUCUUAAUUAAACUAACUUAAUUGUAAUCCCAGUCACUUCUGUUAAGCAUCUGGUGGCCAUCAGAGAAACUACUUGGUAUGAAACUUGAAUCCAUCAUUCAGCCAUAGUUGUUGAUGCAUGAGAUUAAACUUUUAGUGUCCAACCCCCCACUAAACCAAAGUGAUGCAAGAAGGUAUGUGUUCUCCACUUGGAUGCUUUUCUGUUGCUAUUUAGUAAUUUGAACAUGGAGCACUGCGUUACAAAUUUCCGACUACACCUUUGCUAUUAAAGAAACUUUUGCAUCCUUGUCCAACUCACCUGUAGCCACAGGACCGGACUGUGCUCCAAGUGUGUGACACAAUGUCCUCACAUGAGUAGCAACUUAACAACCUUUAGAAGUCUAGGGGGCAGAAGUACUUGAUUUUCUCUGGGAAAAAAAGCAAAGAACUACCAUUGUUGUGGGUUUUUUUGCAACAAAUGUAUCAUUUCCACGUUAAAAUCAUCUACUCCUUCUACCCUAAUAAUUCCAGAAUAUAUGAAUAUGCACAUUUUGUUAGUUUUCCUGCUGUCUCCUACUUCCCUGUAAAGCCCAUUCCCAGUGUGUGCACUCUGGAGGCUUCAGGUUUUCAUGUCAGAUUUGUAUAAGCUGCAUACUGGACUGGGAUGAUGAAUUUAUGAUGCUGAUGUCACAAAUCUUGCUCGUAGGCUCCACCCCUUAAAAUGAUAUUUUCAAUGAACACAGAGAAACUUUCCACUUUCAGCAGAUGAAUGUGAAAACACCCUUCUAGUGUCAAACUCUGCACAGACAUUAGCACACUGUAGGAACUUUUGUUCCCACAAAGUAGCAAUUUCCGAUUGUCCAGUAAAUGACACACAGCAUGUGCAUGUCUCUCUCUCUCUGUUCGGUCCUGUCUCUGCUGUCCCUCAGCCCCUCCCAGUGUCCAUGACCUGUCCCCAUUUUCUGCUGUUUGAGGGCGAGCAGCGAGUGGACAGAUGUUGUCGGCCAUCAGUGUGAUCAGCAGCAGUGAAGGGGAGGAUUUAGUUGGUGUUAAGUCUAUGACAGCGUUUCCAUCUAAAAAAAGACUAAUGUGUCAGUGUCAUGCAACAAUUCUGCGCUGACAGUUCAUGUUGUUGCUUCGCCUGGUUUUCAUUCAGUCAUUCAUUCAUUCAUUCUGGUGACUGUCCUGCUUUCAGUCUCACGGAUAUUGUUUGUGUGUCUAUGUGUCUUAUGUCAACCUCCAAAGAGGAGCUAAAGCCUUUAGUCUGCACCUCUUUUUUUUAACGGUUUUACUACUAAUGUAUAUGUGAGGUAGCAGCACUGAGAUUAAGAGAUUGAAUCAUGAAUGUAGAGGUUGUGGCACGCUGAAGAAUCAUCACGAGCGCAAACGUCAUCUCCUCUCUAAGCAGAUUUGAUGCACUUGGGCAUAGUUCAGUUUUGAAGAGAAGCUCCAAAUCCGUCAAUUGUCAUCUGUUCCAUCACCAGGAAGAUUUUAUGAGAAAGUCUUUGCUAGAUUUUAAGCUCUUUCGCUUUGUAACAGUACCUUCCUCCGUCCUUGUGCUGCAAACUGUAAUCGCAUUUCUACUAAUAAUUUACAGUAAAAUCAUCUACAGUUUGGUCUUAUUGUGCCGUCAAGGGAUUACUGGGACGCUGAACAGAUUGACCUAGUAUACUCGCUUAGCUCGGAGCUCAGACAGAUUGCUAAAAAAGAAGAACUUGCUGAAAAAGUGGAAAAAGUCUAUAGUAGAAAACAAAAAAAUCACUGAACUAGUUUUUUUUAGAACUCAGUAGGUGGAUGAGUGACUUGGCUGUUUGUGUGGCUGACAAUGUGACUCACUGGCUGCUCUGUUGGAGAAAUCAGUUCCUGAGGGUUUAGUUUGAUGAACUGAGGCUGAGCGACUGUCUGAGAGCGUAGGAGUGAAAGCAAAGCAGCUUUUGACAACAUUGCCCUGUUGUCAGACACUGACGGAGAAACUAUACAUGACCCAGACAUCUGACACAGUUUCUGAAGUGGAAGAUCACAUGGCCGAGGGUGUCAUAAUUAACAUAUAGCACCAGAGAAAUAAAAGGUCAUACCAGUCGCCAAAGGAAUUAUUUUUUUUUUUCAAAUAGGCAUAUUUACAUAUUGCAAUCAAGUUGUGUUCUUGAAGAAUUGUUCUUAACGGGCAUAUUUUGGCGGUAAAUGCUGAUUUAAUUCACCCAACUUUUAACCUGACUGCGCCAGGUGGUUUGUUACACAGAACCAUCUGGGAAGUUUGUAAAAGGGCAGGCACUUUCAAAAACAUACUCGGCAGGUUGGUUGGGAUUGGAUGAACCAUCUGUCUAUCGCCGUCUAUCACAGGCGAACUUCAACCAUUCAGAUCAACUAAUCAUAUAACUUAGUGAAACUCUUACCAAAGCCAGUCAGCGGAGAAAGAAGAAAAUAUAGAAUAGGCACGAUUUCAGACGAGGUAGAGUAUUUAAUGCAAACGCACUGUCUGUGUCCUUUUGGAUGAUAUCAACAAACACCAGUAUGUAGGAGAGACUGUGUGUGAUUUUCAGGCUGUUUUUGGAACGGCACGACUGUAAAAAUGUAUGAGGCAUCCGACUGUAUCCCUGCAGAUGAAUGUGCAGAAGGUUCCUGAUAUGAACACAUUCAGCACAUUCUGCACAUUCAUUCAGGUGCCUAGUUUGACUGUUUGCUUCCUCCACUGACCUCAAAUGCUCCGCCGCAGGACUGACAUCAGCCGGUCAAGCUUAUAUUGUGACUGUGAUGAUUUCUAAAAGUGUAUUUUUUUCUGCUUUUGAUAUCAGAGAGAAGCACCUGUAAUCUCUCCUUAUGUUUCUGACCUGCUCUGGCUCUCCUCUUUCCUCCUGAGCUCAGUCUUACAGUUGUGUAACUGCUGUAUGUUUCAAAGCGCUUUUCCCAGAAGGCCUGUCUGCUCUGUGUGUUGUACAAUAAAAGCAGUUUCUCUCA